AUGGUUGUUCCUUGGGGACAGCAUCCCAGAGACGAAUGGGGCUCUCCUGGUAUAUAUGGCGGUCAGCCGGCUGACCCGGGAGUUGUGGAGAGAUACAUGUGGCUGUCAUCUGAAACUGCGCAGAAGAUUGAAGACGAAUCCAGCGGAAUCUACAACGAUAGCGCGGAUACUGGCUACUUGUAUAUUGAAGAUGAUGAUCCGGAGAACGAACUUUGGCUGAAGCUCUCACGUCCUCUAAAGCAUAUGACGUCCUUCGAAAUGGAAGAUUGGGAGGAUGAAAGCUAG